UAACAUCCUGUAUUUAAGCAGCUUCUCGUCUCACACUGAAACAGUGCCAAACGUAACUUUUUCCGGGUAACAACUUGCAAUGACUGGAAUUGUCAAAUGGGUAUUGCUGCUAACAGUAUCCACCAUUCACGCGCAGGAUCCCAGGCGGAGGAUAUUCAAUCAAAUUCUCUACCCCCUCGACGAACUUCAACUGAGCAAAACCGACGACGAGGAUGUCCCAUGCCCGGACCGCAACUGCCUACCGAAAAGAUCUGUCCAGGAAGAAAACAACGGCCCUUUUUGGGCGAACCGAGGUAAAAAAGAUCCGACGUACAUGCGUGAAUCUCUCUUCGCCGAAGAACCAUACUAUGUCCUCGUGAGAAAGGACGACCGAUUCUCGGAAGAACCGUUUUUCGUAUCGAGGGGUAAGAAGGAAUCGAAGCACAGGGACAGGCGGGAAUUCCCAGAAGAUGUCGAUUCGCCAUUUUUUGCGGCACGGGGGAAGAGACCUAAAUCCAAAAAUUGAACCCAAUCGCCAGUAGUUUUCUUUUAGAAUGAAUGUGUAGAAAUUAUA